GAUCAUCUAAUCCUACUUGAGCAGCGUAUGCACUAAUAACGUUCACUAUAUUCCCUCCAAUAACUAGUUUAACUAAUAUAAUCAUAUCUCCUUUCCUAAUGACCGCCACUACAUUCUCUACAAUACCCUUGACAAUUAUGAUUCCUAUCCCAUUCCGGUGUCUAUCCUUACCACUAUAAUACAGUUUAAAACCGGUAUCCUCAAUUUCCCUAGCUUUUUCACCUGUCCAUUUAGUUUCUUGUACGCAAGUUAUACUAACUCUCCUCCUAAUCAUAACAUCUACCAAUUCCAUCGUCUUACCAGUUAAGGUUCCUAUAUUCCAAGUGGCUAUUCUAAACCUAUAGUCUUGGACUAACUUCUUUACCCGUGCUCGUCUAGAAAAAUGCGAGAACCUUUGCCCAUUUUUCACCGCACCCAGGCGUCGAUGUAGCGCCCCUUGCUCACUUUUCGAAACAGCCGGAGGCAGGCGUAACGCGUCACUUGAGGGAACGACCUAGCAUUUACACGAUUCAAAGUAGGAUUCAUUUUCAUAAGGGAUCCGAGCGGCUUUUUUACGUGUUGGCUGUCGGCUACCUUUAUGAUUUUCUUGAUUCAUUUAUUCUCACUAUAGUUUAUGCUUUUUAGUUCCUUUUCUUAAUGGUGUCUAUCUGGCAUGUGUUUUGACUUUCUUUUCCAAUAUUUCACGAGAUGUCCGUCUUUAGGCUUUCUUAACUCUUGACUACCCACUCUUGAAGAAAUAUUUCGUAUAAACUAGCUCAACUUUUCUGCUCACACCUUCCAUUUGGGUUGGCUAUGGAAAUAAGACAGUAGGCUUAACAUUGAUUUCUUUAGUGUGCAACCAUAGGAGAUGGUACUACUCGAUAUAGUUGUGAUUGUGCUGCUUCUCUCCCUUCUUUGUACCCUAACUUGUAAGCUAGGAUUCUUUGAAAUUGCUGCAUUAUUGCAUAGUGUUUUAUCUGGUGAUUGAGUUCCUCUUGGCCUUUUGUCUGCUCAUCAAGCAUUUUAUUCCAUAAAAAGGUUUUCAAAAGCUCUGCAUGGUUGCCUUCUUAUCCUUGAGAAUGCAAAAGCUAAUUGAAGAGCUUUAUUCUCUUCUGCAAGCACAACUUUGAUUGAAGAUCAGAGUGAAUCAUAUUUUCGUAGGUAUGCAUAACUGAAAUGUAGGAACUUAUACUAUGUUUGGUUGGACAAACAGGUUGAGCAUUUUGGCAAAGUCUCAAAUGCGCCUUUCUAAGUUGGAUGGGUUGCGUCAAGCUGCUAAAACUGGGUUAGAAAUGCGUUUUAAGAAGGAAUGUGCAGAGCUAGGUACAAAAGUGGAGUCACAGGUUUAGCAGGCAGAGGCAAAUAGAAUGCUUAUUGUCAAGGCUCGCAGGCAGCAAAGGGCCACGAUAAAACAGAGGGCAUCUCAAUCAUUAUUAUGAAGGAUGGCUCGAGAAAACAAGUAUAAGGAGUGUGUGCGUGCUGUAAUUUUGCAAAAACGUGCAGCUGUUGAGAAGAAGCAAUUAGGAUUGCUAGAGAAGAAGAGGGCACGUGCUAGGAUGCUGCAAGUACGAAAGGUUGCCAAGUCUGUAUCUCACCAGUGAGAGAUUGAAAGGAGAAAAAUGAAAGACAAGUUGGAAGACAGACUGCAAAGGGCAAAGAGAAAGAGAGAAUAUUUAAGUCAGAGAGGAAGGUUGCACAACUCUGAUCGUGUUAAUUGAAAUAAGAUGCACAAGGAGGCCGAACUCCUCUCCCUAAAGUUAGCAAGGUACACGUUCUGUAAAACAUCAUCAACCUUCAAUAUAGGAAAGUUAAUAAUUUUUGAGUAUUUUCUGGCGUCUUUCUAUUAUUUGUUAUAGUUUACUUUUCUAAAGGUGAAUACCUGGAUCAAGUUGGCCAGCGUUUUUGAGUUGAAAAUGGAAAUAAGCUGAAAACUUGGAAAAUUUUGUCAAACACCCCAACUUUUCUUAGUACAACUACUUAAACGCAGGAUUUCAAAAUUUAAGCUAAAUAAGCUACAAAUAAGUUUUUCCAAACAGGCCUUAAAGUUGUCUCUACCUAUCUCAUAUGUUGUUAUUAUCUUGAGGGAGUCGUUUAUUUAUUUUUAUUUUUAUUUUUAGUGUUGUUGGAGUUAAAUAAUGUUUGUAUUUUGGUGUGAAUGACAAAUAAUAACACAGCAGCAGGCUUAAAACGGAUAAUGGUUGAAAUCAAUUUCAUAGGCCAAUUUGAUUUUUGAAAUAUUCUCACAUGUAUUUCUUUUAGAUUUUAAUUUGAUACAUAGUUAAAGAUUUUCAGUUUUUUCGGAUUUUAAUUGGACACAGUUUUACUUGAUAAUUAUUGUGCUUUGUAAGUGCUGGAGACAGUUCCUUCAGCUAAACAAAACUACCUUAGAUUUGGCAAAAGCUUAUAAUGCUUUAAACAUUAAUGACAAAUGUGUGAAAUUGAUGCCAUUUGAGAAGCUUGCACUUCUGAUUGAAUCACUGGCUACCCUUCAGACUGUAAAAGCUUUACUUGACCGCCUUAAGAACCGAUAUAAACUGUCAAAGCCUGUUUUCGUUACCUCUAAUCCUUCCAGUUGGGGUGACAUUGAUCAUCUUCUUAAUCAAGUUGCUUCCCCAAACAAGAAGGGUACACCCAUGAAAUCUACCCAUAGCAAAGAUGUCAAGAGACGAGGGUCCAUCGGAGAAGCUUCCAAGAGGAGUCUUGUGAAAUUAUCUAGGUACCAAGUGAGAAUUGUGCUAUGCGCUUACAUGAUACUGGGCCAUACGGUUGCAGUUUUCAGUGAUCAAGGAGAACGUGAAAUUGAUCUGGCUAAGUCUGCUGAAAAGUUUGUUCAGGAGUUUGAGUUGUUAAUGAAGAUAAUACUAGAUGGGCCCAUACAGAGUUCAAAUGAAGAGUCUGACCAUGCACUGGCUAGAUGUUGGACCUUCAGGUCUCAGCUUGCAGCUUUUGAUGCUGCAUGGUGCUCAUACUUGAGCAGCUUUGUUAUGUGGAAGGUUAAUGAUGCCGAGUCCUUGGAGGAGGAUUUGGUGAGAGUUGCCUGUCAGCUUGAGCUCUCUAUGAUUCAGACUUGCAAGAUGACUCCUGAUGGAGACAGUGGUGCUGUUACUCAUGACAUGAAAGCUAUUCAGAAACAACCAAGAAAGGUAACACAGCAUUUUCUCACUCUCUCAUCUGUCUCUGAAUGCAACAUCCUUUCCCACAUCAGUUAG